CUCUGCGCGAACGCAGGCACCAGUACGCCGGCAGCCUCUGAAUGGGCUGGAGCUAUUUUGGGCACGUCGCGCUCGCGGUUAUCUUUGUUCCGCGUCACGUUCUUCCGCGACAAAUGACACUAGACGUGCUGGUACACGCGGUCCAUUUGACACACCGUACCUAAGAUUCUUCAAUUUGUUCAAAUUGUUCGGCUUUGUUCCUGGAAAGUGGAUUGUUCAGAUGAACCACAAUCGAUACAACUCCAAGGACAAGUAAUGUGAACACAGAAGAGCCACUACUAUAUAUAAUACCCGGAUCUUCCUGUCUGUCUCGUUUCAUCUUCGGCGGAACAUAAAAUAGAGAAUGGAGGAAAGUUUUAGGAAAAGUUUAAAGUUUUAAUUGAAAUUCAAGAUGUUGUCAGUGUUUGUGCACUCUCGACGUGUUAACAUUUAAUUGUUAAACCUGUUUAUACGCACACACACAUAUAUAUUUACAUAUAUGUUGGAUGUUAAGGGAUGCUUCGCUCGAGUUACCGCCGGUACAUGUUAACAGAGACACAUCAAAUGUUCACCGUACAUCCAUAUGCAUAUAUACCUUUAACCUACGUAUGUAUAACCUGUAUACGCUCUUAUGUGACAUGUGACAUGUGUGAGAUGGAAUAGAGCAACCAAACAGAAGAUGUCUGUACGUACAUGUGUAUAGUAAUAGUAUAAAGUGUCGCCAAAUUGUACAGUGGGGUAGUAAGUGCGUGUGAGGAUUAACCUGUGUGUUGUCAUAAGUAUUCAAACAGCCAAGUACAUCACUUCCGAGCUCAAAUUCAGUGAUGGCUGAACUAUCAACGUGUUCCAACUUCCUCAAGACACUACUAAUACUUCUGGCACUGGUCCCAACAAUUCUCUGCCAAACAGCCGAGUGUCCACCAAGUGAGCAAAUUCCAGGAUGUCCUUGUUACAACUUCGAGGAUGGCCUUUUCCUGGAGUGCGCUGGCGCCAACGAAGAGACCCUAAGGAAAACAAUGCAGACCGUAUUGGACGCAGGACCAACUGUGGUCCAAUCACUGAGCAUCUACGAGCUGGACAAGACCAUAACAGAGCUGCGAUUGAGGUCCUUCCCACCUUCGCAGAUCCGACAUCUCCAGAUCUCUCACUCAUACGUCAACGACAUAGCAGAAGAAGCAUUCUUACCUAUCAAGGACAGCUUGGAAUCUCUAGCUUUAGUAUCCAGCCGCCUGGACCAGGUCCCCCAGAAGUCUCUAGCAGAGCUCCACAAAUUAAUGGCCCUAGAUCUUGAAAGCAACCUGAUCCAGGAUUUACCCUCCUACUGCUUCUGGGGCUUGAAGCUGCUGAAGCUUUCCCUGAAAGGCAACGCCAUCUCCAAGAUAUCAGAGCACAGUUUCGCGGGUCUAGAAGCCACUAUGACUGACCUGGACCUAUCAGAAAACAAGCUGAAGCUCUUUCCAAUAGCAGCGCUAAGACGCCUGGAGAACUUGGCAUCAUUGCGGCUGGCCUGGAACGAGAUUUCCCAGCUGCCUAAUGACGGAUACUCCAGAAUUUUCAGCUUGCUGAUCAUGGACCUGAGCUCCAACAACUUCGACGAGCUAGGUCCUGAUUGCUUCUCUGCCUUUCCGUUCCUCCACACUCUGUCCUUGUACUACAACUCCAUCGAAACCGUCCACAAGGAUGCCUUCAUCUCGCUAAAAGAAUUAGAAUCUUUAGACCUGAGCCACAAUAAGAUCGUCUUCCUGGAUACCGGAAGCUUCCAAUCAAAUCCUAGACUCCGGAACAUAGAACUAAGCCACAACCACAUCCACUACAUCAGUGGUGUCUUCUCCAAGCUUGCUGAGCUCCAUGAGCUCUAUUUAGCAGAAAACAACAUCCUGGAGCUGCCAGCUGACUCUUUUCUUGGCAGCAACAACCUGGCAGUGAUCUACCUGCAACAAAACGCUAUUCGUAGAAUUGAUUCCAGGGGUCUAUCAGGGUUAGGUCAACUCUCCCAGCUUCAUUUGUCCAACAACUUCAUCGAAAGCAUCCCGACUGACUUUUUCAGCUUCUGCAGCAACCUCACAGCAGUUUCUCUUGAUGGAAACCGGAUCUCUGAUCUCAAACCUGGAACCUUUGGACCCAUCAGCCAGCUCAGGGAGCUCCGGCUCCAAGAGAACAGAAUCAGCCAGAUCAAAAAAGGGGUCUUUACCCCCCUAAAUGACCUCCUGGAGCUGCAUCUCCAGAGCAAUUCCAUUUCUGGCAUAGAACCUGGCGCUCUGAAGACCCUGAACUCCCUCCAGCACAUCAACCUUCAAGGGAACCAGCUUACGUCACUAGGAGACGUGUUCCAACUGUCUUCUGGAGCAGAAACCGGCUCCUUGGUGUCCAUCCAGCUGGACAGCAACGGACUUGCUGUCCUGCAUAAUGAUUCCUUGAGAGGCCAAGCGUCGGUGAGGAUCAUGUGGCUGGGCCACAACAAACUCACUCAUCUCCAGGCUGCGUUAUUCAGAGACCUGCUUUUGGUAGAGCGGCUAUACUUGACCAACAAUUCAAUUGCUUCCAUUGAAGACUCGGCGUUUAAACCUAUGCAAGCUUUGAAGUUUAUUGAGCUUAGCAUGAACCAAUUGCAGCACAUCACUGCCCAAACCUUCGCUGAGCUCCAUGAGUUGGAAGAAUUGUACUUACAGGACAACGGAGUUAGGUCAAUAGAUCCUUAUGCGUUGACCACAUUGAAGAAGCUCAGGAUCUUGGAUCUUGCUAAUAACCAAUUAACCAGACUGCAUGCCACCAUGUUCCUCCAAGGACUGCCCAUCAGGAUCAUCAACCUGAGGAACUGCUCGAUUGUCGAAAUUGAAAACGAAAGCUUUGCUGAUCUUCAUCAGAUCACUGAGCUUAAUUUAGAUCAGAAUUUUCUGACUGCUGAAGCAUUGUCACAAUUAGAGAUUCCAAGUUUGAAGAGCUUGACUGCUUCAGGAAACAAUUUUACUUACCUGAACGAAAAGAACUUCAGAGGUCUGCCGAAUCUUCAGGAAUUGGUGAUCAGCGAAGUCCAACUGGUUCAUGCUGAUGAAGUAACCUUUAAAUGGAACCAGAAUUUGACUAGGUUGCAGCUGGACCACAAUUCUCUCCGAAGUUUGCCUACGGGGAUAUUCGAACCCUUUGGCCAGCUCAGGGAGCUCAGGAUUGACUACAACAGGAUCAUAGAGGUUCCGUAUUUGUCAAUCAAGAGCUUGAUCAACUUGGAGAUACUGUCAUUAGCAAACAAUUGGAUCGUCACGGUGGACAUGGGAAGUCUGACCAGUAUUGUCUACUUGAGAGAGAUGGAUCUCAGUGGGAAUAAGAUUGAGUCCUUAUUUGGAUUCGCUAUGUCCAACUUGACCAGGCUGCUUGCUGUUGACUUGAGCAACAACCACUUGACUGCUCUGCCAGCUAACUUUUUUGUAAAUUCACCCCUGCUAAGACGCGUUGAUCUGUCGGAGAAUCGGUUCCUCCAGGUUCCAGCAGUCGCGCUAUCAGGCCAAAAUCUUCCAGGAUUGACCUGGCUGAACCUUACCAGGAAUCCUUUGGUUAGGAUCCAUGAAAUGCCAGCUGAUGCGAUCUAUCCUCAGUUGCAAGAAGUUCAUAUCACUGGUACCAACCUGUCGAUUGUCACUAGUCAGGAUUUUGAAGGGUUUCCAGCGUUGUUGCACCUGUUCUUGGACAAGAAUUGCAUCAUCAGAAUAUCACCAGGUGCCUUCCGGCCGCUUCCAAAUCUCCUGACUCUUCAUUUGGGCGCCAAUAGCUUGGAACUACUGCCUAAAGAACGGCUUCAGGGUAUGGAGUACCUUAGAAUUCUUAAUCUGACCAGGAAUCGGUUGAAAGAACUUGAAGAAUUCCCGGUGGAUUUGAAAAUGCUACAGAUUUUAGACCUUUCUUAUAAUCACAUUGGGGUAGUAGGCAAGGAGACUUUUAAGAACUUGGUUAAUUUAAUAGAACUUCAUUUGUAUGGAAAUUGGAUCAAUGCUAUCUCUAGUGAAGCUUUCAGGCCGUUAAAGAAGCUUAGGUUACUAGAUUUGAGCAGGAAUUACUUGGAGAAUCUUCCGCUUAAUGCAUUCAGGCCUCUGGAGACACAAAUUAGAAGUCUACGAGCUGAAGAAAAUCCAUUGCAUUGCGGCUGUGAAUCGCAAGAACUUUGGGAAUGGCUAAGAGACCACCAGAAACUAGUCGGAAUCGAUCACCGGAAUGGUAACAACCAGCUGGGCAGUAUCCCCAGCAUGGAAUCAUCGCCUGGGUCACUUCGAUGCGACCAGCCACCAGAGCUUCGUGGUCUAGUAUUUCUUGACCUUGAUCCUCGAGCCUUUUGUUCGUCCCCUCUCGUCAUCAAGCUUGCUAUUCAAGACAUCCAGCCCUUCUCCGUCCUAGUUUCCUGGCAGAGUCGCAAUCACUCCGGCCUACACGGGUACCAAGUUGCCUAUCACACUAUCGGCAAUGUCAACGAGGUACGAGGAAAGCUUCUAGACCCAAAAGCAAGGUCUGUCCAGCUGUCUAAGCUACUUCCAAACACCCAAUACCUGAUCUGUGUCCUUGGACUCGGAAAUUGGAUGACUCCUCUACCGGAAGACCUUGGAACUAACCAGAAUUUCACGGAUGAUCUAAUUAAUUCGGGAUCUAACCUAGCCCAGAUGAUGGUUAACUCUCCGAUGAGCAAGUGCACUGAAGUUAGAACUCUAGAUGCUCCGGAUUCUAUUAUUGGGGACACUUCGUCGGAAAGAACUGGCAUAGCCACCAUUUUGACCAGGAGGUUAGGAUUGAUAGUUGGUAGCUGCAUGGGGUUUGUGGUUUUUAUUGUCCUGGUGUCGAUUCUUGGAUAUAUGAAGAUGAAGAAACAGAGGGCGGCUAUGAAGCGGGAACAGCCUCUGGCGCCAAAUCCUCCGGAAUACAUGUCAUAUCGUCACUUUUCACUCCAGAGUGGGGAUAGGCUGGACAAUAAUAAUCCUUGUCCGAGUUUCAUCUCCAGUAUUGGUAAUACCACGCUCAAUACGUAGCAUAAAGUUAAUACUGAUAGCAAUUAUUCAGCGGUUGUACGUGAUAUUGAAAUGAUUACUAUCAAAGAUUGCAAUAGUAUUUUUCGAUAACUUUUUUGUUUUAGUAAGGUGAAUGUCAAAUUAUUUAUUGCCGCGCUUUGGGUUGUGCAGUGAAUUUUAAAAUGACUAUAACUCGGAAACUAAUCGACCGAUUGACUUGGUUCUUUAAAAACUUUUUUUAGAAAAGUGUCCUCUAGGUAUCUUACAACAAAAUCACAACCUAAUUACAAUUUCUAAUUACUGGUAAUUAAAAAAUUGAAUUUUUACUCAAACCACAACCGAAUUUGAAGACAUUCACCUUACAACGCUCAUUUUUUCGGUAAAAAAAAAGUAACCGCGUUUAAUAUCUAAGUAACUACAUAAUAAAUGAGUAAGUAGGAAAAAUGUAUAGAAAAAAAAUAUAAAACAACGAUAAGAUGAUAAAAUGUACGUACUCUUGUAUCUCUUGGAUUUAAGACUGAUUUUUUAUUAACGCUCGAUUUCUUUUUUACAUUUUUUUAUCUUU